AUACCAGCCAAUGGUAUGUGGUGUUUAAUAUGGGGCCGAGACUCUUAAGUCAACCCGUUAUACUCUUUAUCAUAAGAAGACGCAGAUAAGGCAACCAUGCAUCCUAUGAAUAUGUAUAUGGUUCCCAAUCAAGGAAUACCGGGUUGUCCACCGGGAUUAGAAUACCUGACACAGGUAGAUCAACUUCUUAUUAAACAGAAAGUUGAGCUUAUUGAAGCUUUGGCAGGCUUUGAGAGCAACAAUAAAUAUGAGAUCCGUAACUCCAUGGGUCAGAAUGUGUUUUACGCGGUGGAGGAGAACGACUGUCUCACCCGUCAGUGCUGCGGCCCGCUGCGAUCCUUCACCAUCCGUGUCCUUGAUAACUUCGGACAGGAAAUCAUCACAGUCAACCGUCCUCUGAAAUGCAUGUCCUGCUUCUUCCCAUGUUGUCUGCAAGAGUUGGAGGUCCAGGCUCCUCCAGGAAACACAGUGGGAUAUGUUGUACAGCAGUGGCACCCUUUCUUCCCCAAGUUCACAAUAGAGAAUGAGCAUCGAGAGGCGGUUCUCAAGCUCCAGGGCCCGUUCUGUGGCUGGAGCUGCCUGCCAGACGUGGACUUUGAGAUUCUGACCAUGGAUGAAGUCGGCAUCGGAAAGAUCAGCAAACAAUGGACAGGACUUCUUCGGGAGGCAUUCACGGAUUCCGACAACUUUGGGAUCCAGUUCCCCAUGGAUCUUGAUGUGCGAAUGAAGGCAGUGAUGAUCGGAGCCUGCUUUCUCAUUGACUUCAUGUUUUUUGAGACAAAUAACUAGUUGCUAUGCAGACGGUGUUUUAAUGUCCGGCUCUGUGGAAACGGGUGAAAAGAGAAGAUGUUUAACCUUGCACAUCAUACAUCUGUGAAAUCCAAUGGAAUGCAUGUGAAUAUCAAGCCAGCAGCGUAGAAGAACGAUGCUUUUAGAGACUGUGAAGUAGCUUCAGGUGUGUGAUAUAAUUGGUUGUACCGAUUGAAGUGUAUUUUCUUUUUUUUUUAAUUUCAUAUCUAUACAUAACAGAUUAAAAUAUAUGGCAUUUAAAGGAAUAGCUCAUCCCAAAAUAAUAAAGAAAUAAAAUGCCACUAUUCACUUCAAGCUCAUAUUACACAUUUUCCUCCACUGUCUUCCAUUUUCUAACAUGAAAGGAGCAAUUUAAAAGCAGGCAACUGUUUUAUUUACUUAUUUAUUUAUUUAUUUAUUUUUCUUUUUUUUCUUUUGGACAGCAGUCAAGCCCCAUAUCCCACACCCCAAGGCAAAGAAGAAAAAAAAAACACCAUAAAAUAAGCCAUAUGACAGAUUUAUGUGAAGAAGACACUGAAAUUUAAAUAGUGAACUAUUCCUUUAAGAGCUGUCAGUACUACUAUGCAUAUUAAAUUUUGCAGUACUACCUGCAAUGAAUGACCAAUAUACACAUUUACAACACAAAGUUAUAUUUUAUUGUGAAAUAGUAUUUUCAACACUUUUCAUUUUAUUAAUUCCCAAAAUAUAUUUUGCAUGCUAACAGAUGUUGCAAAGAGCUAAAAGUGGUCCAAAAAGAAGAAGAAAAAAAAGAACAAAGAAAAAAAAAAGUGUGUAGUAGUCAAUUUAUUGUGUGAUUUAUUUAGCUUGUAUAUUGUUUGUCUGAUUGAUUUGUAGUGUUGACAAUAAGCUUAUAAAAAUGGGAUUUUUUUUUUUUGUGAGCUUUUUUUAGUUUAUUUUUUGUAGUACUCAGUGUCUCCAGAAGAGGGCAAUGUUGAUCU